CAGUGAGUUACAAAGGUAAAUUUACGUGCCCUUAUUAUUAAAGUGCCUGUUACGAAAGGUCUGGGUCAAAGGCGAGUUACUUGGAAUGUUUCUGACCUAGACCUUGUCCCACUGCUAAGGCAAUAGAAGUUGGUUUUGAUGACUUAACACUUGUCCUUGCCUUUAUGGAAAAGGGGAAGGAAUAACUUAGUAAUAACAGAAAAUAAUUAGAAUACAGUUUUCUGGUUCUGAAGUUCUUUCUCUAUUAACCAUGUUUUAAAGAAGGAAGAGCAGAGUGCUUGAAAAAAGUGUAAGAAAUAGUAAAAGGAUAUUGUUGUCGUUCUGCUGUAAAUUGGAAUAGUAAAACACAUAGUUUUUAAAAGUUGGAGGUGUUAAAGCUAGUGAACGGACAGACACUUAAAAUUAGGUAUGAAAAAUAAAGCCCCUUAUGCAACUCAUACUUAACAGCUUGCUAUGAGUUUUGAUUAUAUAAAAGGAACACAGUACUCAGGACAGUGCGGAGACAUGGUAAUAUUUUUAAUAAGGUUGGUUAUAGGAAUAGAAUGUGUGGAAUUUAAAACCACUGAAAAAUAAGGGCCUUGAAAGGUGUCAGUAAUAUAGAUUUACAGGAUUAUCAAUAAAUAGUUGCAUGUGAAGGAAGUUGUAAAUUUAGUUUUAUGAAUGCUUCCAGUCAUUAAAAGAAAGUAGUUCAUUUCAAAUAACUUAAAGAACUACUUUCAAACAAGAUUAGUCAUAUAUGCCUACAUUUUUACAUCACUAAUGACAUCAGACAUUUAUUGUGACACAGUGUGUGCUUCCCAGAGCUUCCAGUGUUACCCGGGAGCAGGAGAUAAAUUGCUUCUGAAGCAGAUGACAAAUUAUGAUCCAAAGUGGUCACUUUUCAUUCCAGUACAAGUUCAACAGAUAGUGAAUGCAGUGAGGAUUUAAUAAUACAUGGGGUCAUUGUGGGCUUCCUGGAAGGAUGCCGGUGACAGUGAGGAUUGGGAGAAGUGACGGAGCACCUCCUGGCAGCUAUGGGAACUAUGGCUAUGCCAACAGUGGCUAUAAUGCUUGUGAAGAAGAGAAUGACAGACUCACUGAAAGUCUGAGAAGCAAAGUAACAGCUAUAAAAUCUCUUUCCAUUGAAAUAGGUCAUGAAGUUAAAAAUCAAAACAAACUAUUAGCUGAAAUGGAUUCACAAUUUGAUUCUACAACUGGAUUUCUAGGUAAAACCAUGGGAAGACUGAAGAUUUUGUCCAGAGGGAGCCAAACGAAAUUGCUAUGCUAUAUGAUGCUGUUUUCAUUGUUUGUCUUUUUUGUCAUUUAUUGGAUUAUUAAACUGAGGUGAUGCAAGUUAGCAUGGGCUUUAAUUUGUUGCAUUUAAUGUCUUGGGGUACCUCUUUGAUAGCCAGCAUCCUAACAUUCCUAAUGGUCUUCUCCAUUGAAGAUUAGUGGAGUUUUCCUCCUUCAGAAAUCAUUCUAUACCAUAUAAUGUUUUGAAUACUGUUCCUUAUUGACUCAUUAUGACUCCCAUUUUCAGGGGUAUUGAGUUAGAUUGAAGUCAGUGUAGCCAUACCUAUCUAUGUUUUUCCAGUGUUUUCCAGUCAGAGUAAAUAUGACUGUCAUACCUGCUGUUACAUAAGUGUAACUUUGUAAAGCAAGUGGGAGACCAGAAGAAUGCCAGAGAAGCUGGGAUCAGCCUUUGGGGGUGGUUGCACGGUGGUAGAGAGCUCACUUCUGUUUGUCUGAUGUCAUUCUUGUGAUGAUGGGCUCCUUUACUUGGUACCAUGCAGGGCCAUUUUUUUCCCCUACAAUUUUCUUAAUACAUUUGUCACAUGAAUUCUUUGUACAUGGACUUCCUUCAGUAAAGCUGUUGACAUAUUUCCACUGGAGCCUAAUACACAUGUGUAUCAAUAUAGGUAUUGUUUUAUAUUAAUGAUAAAUUCUACUGACUUACAUUAUAAUAGUUUCUGAUUUAUAGCUGCUUAGGUGGGCCAUUUGAUUAUUUGUGUCAGAAUAAUGUGAAGUUAAGUGAUUGCUAUGCUCUGCCGGAAAAGAAGUGUCCAAGAAAAUUAAUUUCUUUUGUUUUACUAUAUGCUCAAAAUAAGUACUGAAAAUAUGUAGGGUUUGAACCCAGAGUUCAGAGGAUUGUUAUUCAGCUCCAUUUUAUUUGCUUACAGAAAUCAAACCACAAGGUGGAUUUAAGUAAUAAAGAAAAAAAUACUAAAAUAUUGUAAAACAUUCUGUAUUGCUCUUACUUUAGAAACUUGCCAAUUUCUAGUUUCAGAAAUAAACUUUUAUUAAAAUAUG